ACCGAUGUGUUUAAAUCCAAGGAAACAAUCCAGACCAAACGGUACAAAACCAAAUGUACUAUUUCCAACAUUCCAGAACUGAAGGUUAUAAUCCCACCGAAUGAUCCGGGCGCAAAUGUGGCAGUACCACCAACAGUGCUGGGGGGAAAAGUUUGUACCCACACUACAACCCAGUACCAAAGGUUCCAGUUCUACCAAGUUGUCUAGAAGCAAAUGUUGUAAUUCCAUCAAAGGUUUUAAUUACACACACGAAUCCAGAACCAGAUUUUUAAAAUUCCACCAAACGGGCUCAAACCCUAAAGGUUCUAAUCCUAACAAUUUACAGGCCCAAAGGUUCCAAUCCCACCAACAGUCCAGAUCGGAAAGUUCCACUUUCACCAAACAAACAGUACAGAACCCAAGAUUACGAUUCUACCCUUCCAGAACAUUAGGUUUAAAUCCCACAGAAUAAUCCAGAACCAAAGAUCGCGCUUCUACCAAAUACUCUCUAAGCAAUUGUUGUAAUUCUUUUAAAGCUUUUUAUCAUAUACGGUUGAGGUCGUAACUUGACAUACGCCUAACGUAAAGAAUGAUAACAAUUUACACCCAUCGUCCUGUUCAAAAGUUUACACCCCCCCCCCCGGCUCUUAAUGCAUCACGUUGCCUUCUCGAGUCCCUCAGUCAUCCUCGGCGUGAAAAGACCGAUCCGAACAUCAUAUAGCCGCUGCCGGAAAGGGUCUCGGAUACGCAGGAGAUGCCGGAAAAGCGAAGAAUGUGCAGGACCUGGGGGAUUUUUCUGAAGAACAGUGGGCAGGUUAACUGCUCAGGACAAACAAGGGACUCGUGAAGAACUCUCACAGAACAUAAAAAGGUCCAGAACCAGACUCGGCCGUAGUCUUAUAGCCCGUCGGAAGUUGCAGUUCUUUUAGAAGUUUUAAAUCCCGACAAAUAUUAAAAGGUUCUGCCAAGAACGCUAGACCACCUAAUGGAGAACGGAGGAUAAACGUUCUUCCGAAAACCUGCUUUUGUUUCGAGUUAAUUGCGUUGAAGUUUGUUUUUGUUUUUUGUUAAAGGUCAUUUUACAUGAAGAAAAUGUUUGUAAAUUGUAUUUAAUAUCCGUGUGGUUUUAUCUGGCUCAGAUUCUCCUGAAAAUACUGAAAAGAACGACACGAUCGCACUGGGUUCCGCCGUCCACGAGGUGACGAUGACGAUGUAAUGGUAUAAAAAUACCAGACUAUAAGUGUAUCUGUUGGUCAUGAAUCAGAUGGUGGAGGAAUAGAGGACACACUCGGCCCAAUCCAGCUCCAUACCACACUGCGUUUAAAGGUAGAGCAGGUAAAUGCCGUGGCCGGCGGAUGCGUGUGAGCAGCGGGUGGUCUCCAGACGUUCAGGCUAACCCACCAUGCCGUCGUCCACGCAGAAAGUAGUGCUGAAGGACCCCGAGCUCGCAAACCUCUUCUUCAAAGAUGACCCGGAGGAGGUGUUCUGCGACCUCCACGAGAUCGGCCAUGGGAGCUUCGGCGCCGUUUACUUCGCCCGAAACUCCUACACCAGCGAGGUGGUGGCCAUUAAGAAGAUGUCUUAUAAUGGCAAACAGACCACAGAGAAGUGGCAGGACAUCAUUAAGGAGGUCAAGUUUCUAGAACAGCUGAGACACCCAAACACCAUCGAGUACAAAGGCUGCUACCUGAAAGACAACACUGCCUGGCUGGUCAUGGAGUACUGUUUAGGCUCAGCCUCUGAUUUAUUAGAGGUUCAUAAGAAACCACUGCAGGAGGUUGAAAUCGCUGCCAUCACCCAUGGUGCCUUGCUGGGACUGGCUUACCUGCAUUCCCAUAAUAUGAUCCACAGAGAUGUCAAGGCGGGAAACAUCCUAUUGACUGAGCCCGGUCAGGUUAAACUGGCUGAUUUUGGCUCCGCCUCCAUUAGCUCGCCAGCCAACUCGUUUGUGGGGACGCCAUACUGGAUGGCUCCUGAGGUGAUUUUAGCCAUGGACGAAGGCCAGUAUGAAGGCAGGGUGGACAUCUGGUCUCUGGGGAUCACCUGCAUUGAGCUAGCCGAACGCAAACCUCCUCUGUUCAACAUGAAUGCUAUGAGUGCCUUAUAUCACAUCGCUCAGAACGAUUCGCCCACGCUGCAGUCCGAUGGCUGGUCGGAUGCGUUCAAGAACUUCGUGGAUUACUGCCUACAAAAAAUACCUCAAGACAGACCCUCUUCAGCUGAACUCCUGCAACAUGACUUUGUGCGUCGUGAUCGGCCUUCGCGGGUCCUCGUGGACCUGAUCCAGAGGACGAAGGACGCCGUGCGGGAGCUGGACAACCUGCAGUACCGCAAGAUGAAGAAGAUCCUCUACCAGGAGAAACAUAACAGUCCGAUGGGCGAAUCCCAGGAGGAGGAGGAGGAUGCCGAUCAGGGCUGUAAGGGGAACAGUGUUGGCAGUAAUCACUCCGUGCCCAGCACCUCCAUCAGUACAGGCAGUCAAAGCAGCAGCAUCAACAGCCUACAGGAGUGUAACGAUGACCCCUGCUCUGAAAUGGCUCUACCACACCACGAAUACGACAACACACUCGAGUCUUCCACACACCACAAAAAGGAUCAUCCGUAUAUCCGUGAUGAAGGCGGUCAUCGCUCUGACUUUCGACCUUCGCCGUCAGAUCGUGCUCAGGCUCAUAAUUAUAAAAACCGUGAACGAUUCGCUACCAUCAAGUCCGCCUCGCUGGUGACGCGUCAGAUCCACGAACAUGAGCAGGAGAACGAGCUGCGUGAGCAGAUGUCCGGCUACAAGCGCAUGCGACGGCAGCACCAGAAGCAGCUGAUCGCUCUGGAGAACAAGCUGAAGGCCGAGAUGGACGAGCACAGGCUGAAGCUGCAGAAGGAGGUGGAGACGCAGGGCAACAACGCCUACAUCGAGCUGGAGAAACUCGCCAAGAAGCACGCCAUCCAAACCGAUAAAGAGAUGAAGACGACGGCGGCAGACGAGAAGAAGUUCCAGCAGCAGAUUUUGGCUCAGCAGAAGAAGGAGCUCACCACCUUCCUGGACAACCAGAAGAAACAGUACAAACUGUGCAAGGAGAAAAUUAAAGAGGAGAUGAACGAGGACCACAGCACUCCAAAGAAGGAGAAGCAGGAGCGGUUGUCGAAGCAUAAGGAGAACAUGCAGCAUUCACAGGCGGAGGAGGAAGCGCAGCUUCUUGGCCAGCAGCGCCUCUACUACGAUCGCAACUGCAGGGCUUUCAAACGCAAAGUCAUGACCAAGAGACACGAGUUCGAGCAGGAGCAGCUGCGAGAGGAGCUGAACAAGAAGAAGACGCAGAAGGAGAUGGAGCACGCCAUGCUGAUCAGACACGAUGAGUCGACUCAGGAGCUGGAGCACCGGCAGCUGAAAACACUGCAGAAGCUGCGCAUGGAUCUGAUCCGUCUGCAGCACCAGACCGAGCUGGAGAACCAGAUCGAGUACAAUAACCGCAGAGAGAGAGAACUGCACCGCAAACACGUCCUCGAGCUCCGGCAGCAGCCCAAAAACCUCAAGGUGAUGGAGCUGCAGAUAAAGAAGCAGUUUCAGGACACGUGUAAAGUGCAGACGAAGCAGUACAAGGCGCUGCGGCACCACCAGCUCGAGGUGACGCCGAAAAACGAGCACAAAACCGUGCUCAAGGCCCUGAAGGACGAGCAGACGCGCAAACUCGCCAUCCUGGCCGAGCAAUACGAGCAGAGCAUCAACGAGAUGAUGGCGUCGCAGGCGCUGCGUCUGGACGAGGCUCAGGAGGCCGAGUGUCAGGCUCUGAGGCAGCAGCUGCAGCAGGAGAUGGAGCUCCUCAACGCCUACCAGAGCAAAAUCAAAAUGCAGACGGAGGCACAGCACGAGCGCGAGCAGCACAAACUCGAGCAGAAGGUUUCGCUGCGCAGAGCUCAUCUCGAACAAAAGAUCGAAGAGGAGCUGGCUUCUCUUCAGAAGGAGCGCACAGACCGAAUCAAACACCUGCUGGAGCGACAAGAGCGCGAAGUGGACGCUUUCGACAUGGAGAGCCUGCGCAUGGGCUUCAGCAACCUGGGUGCUUUAGAUUACCCUAAAGACGACUACAGAUGAGACACGAGACCCUCUCUGCCUUUUAAAAAGAAGCAAAAAAAAAAAACAAAAAAAAAAAGUAAAAGAA